AUGAUUCCAUUUUAUUUAAUGAAGUGUCAAACAAGAUUAUUCAACAACAUUGUACGACAUUUUUCAAUAUCUGAAAGUUCAUUGUCACAAAUUAAUAUUGACGAAUUAGCUAACGGUGUAAGAGUAAUCACUGAAGAGUUGUGCUCUCCUUUGACCUGUACAUCGAUCAUCAUUCAAACGGGUUCAAGGUUUGAGAAUAGCUGUAAUAAUGGUAUCUCUAACCUUAUUGAACACAUGUCUUUGUCAAAAAAAGACAUGCAAGAGUCUUUUCACAAUAAAGGUAUAAAAGUAAAUUCAGUAACGACAAGAGAUUUCCAAAGAUAUACGGCAAUAUCUCAAACCGAAUAUGCUAGUGACUGUUUGGAGGUUUUAUCUAAUAUUAUUACUGAAUCUGAAUGGGAUGAUAGUGACAUAGAACUGCAAAAAAAUAUAAUAAAGUCGGACGCUAUCGAUCUUGAUAAUAACCCAAAGUCUCUGGUUUUUGAUUACUUGCAUCAAACGGCAUUUCAAGGAACGUCUUUAGGGCAAAGUGUAAUUGGACCAUCAACAAAUCUAAUGAAUUUUAAUAAACUUCAUAUAUGUAACUUUUUAAAAGAAACUUAUAAACCCCAUCGAAUUAUUAUAGUUUCAUCUGGUGGGGAGUCGCAUUCAUCGAUUAUGUCCAAAGCGAGUUCGACUGUUGGUUAUUUAUCGGUCAGCGAAUGUAAAACGGUAGAUUUUGGAUGCCAAAGGUAUACUGGUUCACAAAUAACUUACCGUGAUGACUCUAUGCCAUAUGCUCAUAUAGCUUUAGCUGUUGAAGUUCCGGGAGUUACUAGUCCAGAGUAUUUGAAACUUUUAGUUGCAAAUUGUUUGUUACAAUCGUGGGAUCGAACGCAAGGAGGAACUGAUAGACAUGGAUCACCUUUAGCACGCGCUGCAUCUACGUCUAGACUUUGUGAGCACUUCCAGACAUUUUAUAUAGCCUACAGUGAUGUCGGAUUAUGGGGAGUUUAUUUUAUAGGCGAUCCAAAAUGCUUAGACGAUAUGGUAUCUAACAUACAAGACCAAUGGAUGCAUAUGUGUACAACAAUAGUACGAUCUGACGUUGAACGAGCAGUUAAUAUCACAAAACUUAAACUAGCCAAACGAAUGGAUGGUUUAUUAAAUUCUUGCUACGAUAUAGGCUUGCAGGUAUUGUACACAUCUAAACGAAGAUCUUUAUCCGAUCUUUAUAAUGAAUUAUCAAAAAUAUCGGAAAGAACGAUUAAGGACGUGUGCUUUAACUAUAUAUACGAUAAGUGUCCUGUAGUAGCAGCUGUUGGUCCCACAGAGACUUUGCCUCAUUAUAACAGGAUUAGAUCUGGUAUGUAUUGGUUGAGGCUUUAA